GGUAGCGGAAUCGCGUGCAGUGGCAUGUGUGAAAGCCCUUCGCUCAGCUGGACAUUUGAGCACCCGCACUCGGGCCAGCAGCACUUGUUCCGUCGAUCUCAGCGCUGGCAGCAGCAGCAGCACCGGCAGUAGCAACAGCACACUGUGAGCAGGAAGUUAUUCCACGAACAUCGGCCGGUCUCCUUCGCAGACUAAAUACAUCAAAGGCGUUGACAUAUACGCUCGCACACACAUAUAUAUAUAUAUACAUAUAUAUAGAGAGAGAGACUAGGCGUAUAUUUGCUCAGGAUGCCGCGAGCCUUCCUCAUCAGUAAGAAGAGGCGCUUACUGGCGCACCUCACCGCCGACAAGGAGGAGAGACCGAUGCACGCCCCCGUCAUUGACACGGUGUGCGCGGUGAAGAGGGAACCGGAUCGUAUCCGUGCGACCGAGAUCCCGUCCGACGUGGCGAAUCUGCAAAUCACGGACGAGGAGGCGAGAGGAAGCCAAUUGCCGACGCCGCCUCUCAGCCCCAAGCGAGAUGAAGAGGAGCAGGAGGAUUACGUCCCCCUUCUCAUGCGAUCGGUGCGCGGACACGCGCUCGAGUCCGGCGCGUCGGAGUACCUGUACCCGUACCCGUACACGCGCACGACGAAACCGCAAGGCGCCGAUACAGGGCUCGUGGUUCGAGCCCCGGUAGCGACGCGGCCACAGGUGUCGCCGCCGACGUGCCUGCCGCACAUGAUGCACACGCCGCCGCCGGCGGUGACGCCGAUGGCGACGGCGCCGAUGACGACGCCGCACGACGAGAAGCCGAGCGGCAUGUACUGGAACGCGCAGCCGUUCUUCCACGCCUACUAUCCGUACGGACUGGGCUUCCCGACGGCCUUCUACCCGCCGCACCACCACGCCCUGCACCGUCUCUCCCCGCCGAUGCCGCCGCCCGUAAUGUCGCUCUCUCCGCCGCAUCUCUCCCCGAAGACUCCCUCGCAUCAUCGGCUCACGCCGCUGCGACCCGAACCGAUCAAGUACUCCGACCAUCAGAAGGAGAACGAGCGAGCGCCGACUCCAAACAGCGGCGCCGAGCGACAGCGUCACGUGAUCGAGAAGCCCGUCUCGCGGCGGCAGGAGGUUCCGCGCUACCAGUGCGGCGACUGCAGCAAGAGCUACUCGACGUUCAGCGGCCUGUCGAAGCACAAGCAGUUCCACUGCGUCAGCCAGGCGAAGAAGGCCUUCAGCUGCAAGUACUGCGAGAAGGUCUACGUGUCGCUGGGCGCGCUCAAGAUGCACAUACGCACGCACACGCUGCCCUGCAAGUGCAAGCUGUGCGGCAAGGCGUUCUCGCGGCCGUGGCUGUUGCAGGGACACAUACGCACGCACACGGGCGAGAAGCCGUUCGAGUGCAGCCUCUGUCAUCGCAGCUUCGCUGACCGGUCGAACCUGCGGGCGCACCUGCAGACGCACUCGGACGUGAAGAAGUACUGCUGUAAGCUGUGUAUGAAGACGUUCUCACGCAUGUCGCUGCUACUGAAGCACGAAGAGGGCGGCUGCCGAGUGUGUCCCGUGCGGGUAGAGCCCACGAGCGUACACUAAUGAAUUAUUAAUUAAGUAAUAAUUAACGGGCUAAUUAGCCACGUGCGCAGACGAUAUAUAUAUAUAUACCGAUUAAGUAUCCGACCAACAGUAGGAUAUAUGUAUAUAUAUAUAUAUAUCCGUGAACUUGUUAUGGGAAUCAUGGCAUAGUAAUGGUUCUCAUUUCGCUUCUUCCAGCGAUAGCGACCGAGAGGAUAUAAGUGUGUAACCUGAGUAUAGAACUUCGUGUAUCAUACAGGCCUAUCACGACUGGAUCUCAUUCAUUUAGAAUACUGCUACACGAAUAUAUAAUAGCAACGACAAUGUCCUGUGUCGGCGGCCUUUUCAGUCAUUUUAAUAGAACGUAGAGAAUAUAGUUGAUUAUGUAUUACGCUAGGUGAAUCCUAUGCUAUAGACAUCGGGGCACAUUGAUAUGUUAAUUAUAUAUAUACGCGGUUGAAUUUUCACGUUUUAUUUUUCUAAGAGAGGAAACGUAUAAACGAAGUCUCGCAUUAUAGUAUGCUACGCUAAAACCACCAUAUCAAAAUGUAUAGAUCUAGUCCAUAUUUUGUACAGUGAGAUUUGUUGAUAACGUAUUAUAAAUACUUAAACGUGUUUUUAUUUAACUAUAAACAUCGUUUCGGUGCCAUUAUGUUAUUUGUAUGGAGCUAUGGGAAGCCGGGCUAAACAGACGCAUGCGUAAAACUAAUAACGUUUUUCUAUCGAAAUUUACAAAGUAUCAAACGUACGUAUGUCGUUUUAAUGUAUUAAUAUUUUUUUUACAAAGACGCUCAGUAUGAUGCUGUUGCCUUUUUGUUUUGUACGAUUUUUUUAGAAAUACGCGAUUGGAAUAAACUGAACUCAAAACAGUAAAA